ACUCGGUGUGAUGCACACAGGCCUCUGGAGAUUGGAGUGCAGCUCAGUGCUUGGGCUCCCAUCUGCCAUCAGAUGACUUUCUGCCUGACUGAGCUGCACCUGUGGUCUUUGAAGACUACCUUACAUAUUAGCGAUGAAGACAUUGGGGUACAUCAGUACUAUGACAAGAAAGAGCCAGGAUCACAAAUGAAGCAUGGUUAUUUGGAAGAGAAGCAAAAGCUAGCAGAAUCUCGAGAUUACCCUUGGAUACUGAAAAACAAACGACCAGAAAAACUGCGAGAUACACUGAAGGAGGUUGAGGACUUAAUGCAAAACGGUCGAUGUGUGCUGAGCAAAUGGAAGAACAAAUGUAUCUGCCAGCUCCUCUUUCAUUCGGGUAUACUGGUCUCCCUAAGCCUUUCUGGGCCACAGCUGGAGAAAGUGAUGAUUGACAGGACCCUGGUGGGGAAGCUCAUCUCCGACACCAUCAGCGAUGGUAUUCUUUCGGACAAUUUCAUCAUCUUGUCAUUUGAGGACUACAACCAACUCUGUUUCAUUCAGUUUACAAAGAAGAUGGAUUCUACUGAUGUAAACAGAAGAAAACAUGAGAAACUCUCUUGUUUGGAUUUUAAGAUUUCUUACACUGAUAUACCUGGACUAGAAGGUAGGAGGAUGAAACGUCACCUGGCAAUAAACUGUAUGCAAGAUUUGGCCAUUUGCUGGUGGUCAGCAGCUAUUGAUGGAGCAUGGCCUUGGUCUCCUAUUUCCUGUGAAAGGGACAGAGCCAACCUACUGCUGUUAGGCUGUGCACAUGGCAAACUGGAGGUUCUGAGUUACGUUCGUACAGAAUGGGAUCCACUCGACGCUAGCUUUAGCACUAAGGAGCCUUACCAGGUUCACACAGUUGAGCACUCCAUCUCUGCAGAUAAAAAGCCCAUGGCUGACAGCUGCAUCUACAACUGUGUUAGAAACAAAAUUCGGUGUGCAGCAGUCACCAGAAUACCUCUACAGUCAAGGGCAAUCAGCUGUUGCAGAAAUAUUACAGAAGACAAACUAGUCCUGGGCUGCGAAGAUUCAUCAAUAAUUCUUUAUGAUGCGUACAACCAAGUGACUCUGUUAGCCCAAGCAAAACUAUUGCCUGCAUUAGUAACCUACCACCCUUCUGGGGCCAUAUUCCUGGUUGGAAGCUCUCAAGGGGAGCUGCAGAUUUUUGACACGGCACUAUCCCCAGUUAAAAUUCAGCUCUUAGCAGACAACUAUUCACCUGAGGCAACUCUGCAAUUCAGCAAACACUUUGACGUGUCUAGCAGCCUCAUCCAGAUUCAGUGGGCUGCUGCUCAAGCUGCAUCUCCCAGUGCUGAUGGCAUGGAUGUCCAUGAUCUUUUGUUCAUUAGGUUUGACAAAGGACCCUUAGGAGUACUUCGCUUUAAACUUGGUGUGAUAACAAGAGGACAGCUGGGCCUUGUGGAAAUCAUCCACCAAUACAUUCGUUAUGAUGAGAUACAUGAGGCAAUUAACGUCCUGAACACCAUGAACUGGAACACGAUGGGCCAUCAGUGUUACAUCUGCUUGAGUGCCAUUGUCAAUCACCUACUUAAACAAAAGCUUACACCAGACAGAGAAGCACAGCUUGAGGCAAGCCUUGGAACCUUUUAUGCUCCAACAAGACCCCUCUUGGAUACAACUGUGCUGGAGUACAGAGACCCCAUCAGCAGAUAUGCAAGAAGGUUCUUCCACCACCUGCUCAGGUAUCAGAGAUUUGAAAAAGCAUUUCUACUAGCUGUUGACAUAGGUGCUCGGGACCUCUUUAUGGACAUCCAUUACCUCGCUCUAGAUAAGGGUGAAUUGGCACUAGCUGAAGUGGCGAAGAAAAAGGCUAAUGACAUUGAUGCAGAAUCAAUAACUACUGGAAUUGAACUCCUGGGGCGUGCAGAUGAAGAGGAUACAUCGCACGAGGCCUUUGGUGGUCAGGUCCCAGAGCACCAAACUGAGCACGACGUGCCCACAGCCAGCCCGGCUAUGCUGGCCUCUUCCCACAGAUCCACUUGCUGUGGACUGGUGGAGGAUAGUGAUGGGGAGCCUGGAGCAGGUGUCACCUCCCUGAUGGAGAAAUCCUCUUCUGAGCACCAGGAAGGAAAUUUGAGAGCAGUUCCUUCAGAACAGGGGCCGCGGGGCAGAGACUCUCUCCAAGUCGUGCACCUGGGGCUGGUGUGACCCUUUCCGUGGCGUCUGUGGAGAGCCCACCAGACACAGCUCCAGGCGGAGAAGACCUAUGAUGGCAAGCAUGGCCAUGCCCCACAUGUGCCUACAUCUUGGUGACAUUGUUCCCGUGCCACUCACUGACAUUAACAAAUGGACUAAUUGCAGCUCCCUGCUAACUGCAUGGACUGGUUGCACUGGGUGCAGCCAUAAACUUCUCCUGUGUUAUAUAUUUUAGCAAUCUGUGCUCGGAAGCAGAUUUGAAUUUCCACUUCAGGCUCCGAGAACCGUUCCAUUGAGAUAGGGGCAGAUAACAUCUCCACUCAGGAUACCUCUGUGCCUUUCACAGUCGGCGGCGUUUUGCUAAGAAUGCUCUCCAUUUUCAUAUCUCGCUGUAUCAUCUCAGCUGAAUAACCAUUAUUUUGCCUUUAAAAUAAGACGCGGAGCCUCUUAAGCACCGUUCCAUCGGAGCCCCGAUCCCAAUCGGCCCCUCGCAGCGCGCCGAGGGCAGCGAGCCCUGCGGCAUCGCCGGGUUUAGGGCCGUGAGGGCGGGUUCCGGGGCUCUCUCCCCCUUCCAUCCCAUCACCAUCGUCUUAAAACUGUUUUUUUCUGUCCUGAAAAGGAAGGUGAGCUGUAAACGUUUUUGGUUUUUUUUUUUAAUCUGAAGCGAUUUGUGAACAAAACACCUGUAUGGAGCACAAUAAAAGAUGUGUGCUUGCUGUCGGCCA